AUGAAGCUCCCAGAGCGCUACACUUUCUACGCCGGAAAGCCUCAACCUUCCUCACCUUCCCCCAAUACCUUCCAUUCCAUCGAUCCGUCGACCGGCAAAAAUGUCUGCACAAUCCACACGUCCUCCCAAUCCUCCAUUGACUCGGCCAUCUCGUCGGCAAGAACAGCCUUCCCUUCAUGGUCCAGCACGCCGCCCGUCGAGCGAGCCAGAAUCCUUCACAAGGCCGUCUCAAUACUUCGGUCUCGUAACGAUGAGCUGGCCAAGAUCGAAACCAUAGAUACGGGCAAACCCUUCUCAGAGACGUCCACUGUGGACAUCGUCACCGGCGCAGACGUCCUCGAGUACUUCGCCAACCUGGUCGCGUCAGGCGGCUUGAAUGGUGAAUCGUUCCGUCUAAGAGAUUCUGCUUGGGUCUAUACCUCAAAAGAGCCGCUCGGCGUCUGUGUCGGCAUCGGUGCCUGGAACUACCCCAUCCAGAUUGCGCUGUGGAAGUCGGCACCAUGUCUUGCUGCUGGGAACACAAUGGUGUACAAGCCCUCAGAGGUGACGCCGCUUCAUGGCCAGUUCCUCGCCGAGGUCUACAAAGAAGCCGGUGUUCCUGACGGCGUGUUCAACGUCGUCUAUGGAGCGGGCGAAGUGGGUGCUUACUUGACGAAACAUCCGGUCGUCGCCAAAGUUAGCUUCACCGGGCAGGUCUCAACGGGGCGCAAGGUUGCAGGUUCCGCCGCCGGCGAGAUGAAGUACGUGACCAUGGAACUGGGAGGGAAAAGCCCCGUGAUCGUGCUGCCGGAUGUCGAUGUUGAACAGGCCGUGGAUGGAGCCAUCAUGGCCAACUUCUUCAGCACCGGCCAAGUCUGCACAAACGGGACGCGAGUUUUCGUACCCAGGCACUUGAAGCCCGAGUUUGAACGAGUGUUGCUGCAGAAGCUGAAAUAUGUCCGCCCGGGAGAGCUGAUGGACAUGAACACCAACUUCGGCCCGCUGGUCAGCAAGGCCCAUUACGACAAGGUGACCAGUUACAUCAAGUACGGCAUCGAGGGGGACAAGGCGAAGCUGCUUCACGGCGGCCUCGACCAACCUGCACACCUCCCGGCGCACCUGCGGAGCGGGUUCUGGGUGCAACCCACCGUCUUCACCGACUGCACCGACGACAUGAGGAUCGUCAAGGAAGAGAUCUUCGGCCCGGUCAUGGCCAUCCUGCCCUACGACUCGCUCGACGAGGCCGUCGCUCGGGCCAACGACACCGAGCUCGGUCUGGCGGCAGGCGUGUUCGGGAGGGACAUCAACCAGUGCCACACCGUGAUCAAGCAGCUGCAGGCCGGCAUCACGUGGGUGAAUACCUGGGGCGAGUCGCCCGCCGAGAUGGCCGUUGGAGGCUGGAAGCAGAGCGGCGUCGGGGUCGAGAAUGGGCGCAGAGGUCUGGAGGCCUGGGUGCGGAAUAAGAGCACGCUGGUCGAAAUGGGAGGCAGUGUCCCGACGGUCUUUGCCAAACUAUAA